AUGAAUUACUGUCUCAAGUCCCUUCAAUCCAGAGCCAGUGAAACUGACGACUGGUACCCCCACACCUUGAGUGCUGCAUCCGGCUCUGCCGGGCUCCCCGGCACGGACGGCAAGGACGUGGACACGCUGCAGCAGGGCCCAGGAGGGACAGCGAGAUGGCCGGCUCAUGCCACGUCCCGCAAGGCGCCCCUCGGCGGGGCCGCCCCGUGCCCGCCCCUGCCCGGCCCGCCGUGGUUCCGCCUCCGCCGGGCUCUCUCCGUACUGGCUGUGGCGCCGCUGGAAGAGCUGCUCGCUCUGGUGCUGGCGGAGCAGCACGGUCUUUUGGCUCCGCCUGGCGCGGGCUCUGGCCCAGCCGCGGCCGAGGCCCCGGCCCCGAAAGAAGCCCCUGCCGCGGUUCCGCCCGCUGCCGCCCCGCUGCCGCUCGGCUCCCGCCCCGUGGCCGACAGCGUCGCCGGCAGCUUCCCCGCUCCGAGCUCCGCCUCUCGCCAGCUCGGCCGCCCGCCCCGAGCCGCCGCAGCCCGGGGCGGCUGGGCAAGCAGCAGCGCGCCGGGCGGGCGGGUGCCCCGAGCAGAAGAGCGGGAGCGCGAGACGGGGCCGGUCGGAGGGGGGCGGCGGGCGGCGGGCGGCGGCCGAGGAGCUCAGCCCGCCGCUCGCCUUGGCUCGCAGGUGGCCAUCAAGCGAGUGUCCCGGGACCGCAUCUCGGAGUGGGCGCGGCUGCAGAACGGCGCCCUUGUGCCCCUGGAGCUGGCGCUGCUGUGGAUGGUGUCGUGGCCUGGCUUCCGCGGCGUCGUGCGGCUCCUGGACUGGUUCGAGGUGCCCGAGGGCUUCGCGCUGGUCAUGGAGCGUCCGGAGCGCUGUCAGGACCUCUGGUACUUCCUGCACGAGCGGCGCUUCCUGACGGAGCCCGUGGCGCGGGGGCUGUUCCGCCAGGUGCUGGAGGCCGUGCGGCACUGCAGCAGCCGCGGCGUCCUGCACCGCGACAUCAAGGCCGAGAACGUCCUCGUGGACCUGGCCACAGGCGAGACGAAGCUCAUCGACUUCGGGUGCGGCACGAUCCUCCAGGACACGUUCUACACCCAGAUGUCAGGAACACCGGAGUGCAGCCCACCGGAGUGGAUCCUCUUUGGCUGCUACCAUGGCCAGCCAGCCACCAUCUGGUCCUUGGGCAUCCUGCUCUAUGAGCUGGUCUGCGGGCACCUUCCUUUCCACACCAAUGAGGACAUCAUCCGGGGCCAGCUUUGCUUCCCCGCCCGGGUGUCUCAAGAGUGCCAGCACCUCAUCAGGUGGUGUUUAUGCAUGGACCCCACCGACAGACCAUCACUGGAGGACGUUUUUGAGCAUUCUUGGCCAGGAGCCCUGUCUGGCCUAGGAGACAGCAGAGAUGCAUCCCUGUGCACAGUAGGAUCCAGGAGCCCAGCAAGUACCAGCAGCACGCGUCCCGUGGCGCUGGAAGAAAAGCCCAGAGCGUUUCCCUGCGGCUGCGGCGCGGAGGAGAGAGCGCAGCCGAGGAGAUGCUUCCGCUGGUCCCCGGCGAGCUGUGGAGGGAACAGCUCUGAGCUCCCCAUCCUAUUGGAGAAGUGGUGGCAGUGCAGUGAAGGUGCCAUGGACUGGGACAGGGGAAACAUUCCCCUGCAUCUCAAUGGCAUUCUGGUGUCACCACAAGCCGAGGCACAGCCGGUGUGUUCUUCUGGAGGAUGACGUGGAGCUGGGAACACCAUCCUGGAGCAAGCUGCUGGCAGGGCAGAGCCAAUGGGCUUUGGCUGCGGCCCCUACCUGGAGGACACGCUCUGCGCUCCGAUGAAAUCAAGAUGAGUCCCCAGCCGGCACAGGGGUGGGGGGAUGCUGGUGCUUCCAGGCAGGGCAGGGCUCGGCCUGGCCACGUGCCAGAGGUUCCCUGCUCGGCGGCGCUGGGGAAUAUUAAUUUUUCUGCCAGCCCCUGAGCUGCUUUUUGGCAGGACAGCGGACGGAUGUUGUGGAAGGGGAGCCGGCUGUUGGCCUUGCUGACAGCUUCUGCCAGCCAGCCUGGCAGGUGGUGAGGCGGGGGCAGCCAGCCUGACAAAAGCAUCCAUCCAUGUGGA